AUGGGGGAGGCUCCGACGGCGGAGCUGGAUGCGGUGCUGGGUGGCGGUGGCUGGGACGUGGGGGCGAGCUUCGAGGGUCCCCCCCCACCCACCGGCCCCGUCCGCCUGGGGAGGAACGCCUGCUACGUCGUCCUGGCCGUGCUCUUCAACGAGGAGGACGGGGUGCUGCUGGUGCAGGAGGCCAAGCCCGAGUGCCGCGGGAAGUGGUACCUGCCGGCCGGGAGGAUGGAGCCCGGUGAGAGCAUCGUGGCCGCCAUGCGGAGGGAGGUGAAGGAGGAGACGGGGCUGGAGUGCGAACCCCUCACCUUGCUGGCGCUGGAGGAGAGGGGGCCGGCGUGGAUCCGCUUCGCCUUCCUCGCCCGGCCCACCGGCGGGACCCUGAAGACCCUGGAGGAGGCUGACGCCGAGUCCCUGCAAGCAGCGUGGUGGGCAGGGGACCCCUGUGCCCUGCCGCUGCGAGCCCUGGACAUCCUGCCCUUGCUGGACCUCGCCGCCCGCUACCGCCGCAGCCCCCCGCACCCCCCCACGCUACCGCAGGAGCUGCCCUGCGCCCUGCUCUGCUUGCGGCUCCUGGUGGCCUUCGCCAACGACGCCAGGGACCUUUGGGUGCUGCUGGGCACGGCCGGGACCCCCCACCUACCCGUGGUGGCCUGCGGCACGUCCCCAGCCGAGCUCCGCAGGGGUCUCCGCCUGCCCGUGCUGCGGCUGCUGCGGGACUGCCUGCCGCCAGACCCCUGCCCGGGACCCCUGGGGCUACUGGGGCUGCAGCACCGGGCUGGGGGUCCCGGGGGGGCUGACGGUGUCUGCUUCAACGUGCUGCUGAGCAUCCCACCCAGCAGCCCCGGGGCUGCCCCCCCCGAGCCCCGCAGCCCCGCUUUCCGCUGGUGGCAUGUGGAGGAGGAGAGCCUGAGGGGCCGGAUCCUGCAGCGGCUCCGUGCUGCGGCUGCGGUGCCCGUCCGCAGCUAG